UUUAAAGCAUGACCACUUCCGGUGUUCUUGAGCCACGCUUACACGUUGUUUCUGGGGGAUACAUUUAUUCCAAGACUGUUGUUUUAAAUUAAGUCUAAAGAUGCGACCGCUAACUGAUGAAGAGACGAAAACAUUGUUUGAGAAGUUGUCUAAAUAUAUUGGUGAAAACAUUAAGCUCCUUGUUGACAGACCGGACGGCACAUAUUGCUUCAGGCUUCAUCAUGAUCGCAUAUAUUACAUGAGUGAGAGGCUUCUUAAACUAUCCACAAAUAUCUCCCGGGAAAAACUGGUGUCAGUGGGAACUUGCUUUGGGAAGUUUACAAAAACAAAGAAGUUUCGGCUACACAUCACAGCUCUGGAUUUCCUGGCACCAUAUGCAAAGUUCAAAGUGUGGGUGAAACCUGGAGCAGAGCAGUCUUUCCUCUACGGGAACCACAUCCUAAAAUCCGGCCUGGGGAGGAUCACAGAGAACACAAUGCAGUACCAGGGCGUGGUGGUCUACUCCAUGGCAGAUGUGCCACUGGGUUUUGGAGUGGCAGCCAAGACCACGCAGGAGUGUAGACGAGUGGACCCCAUGUCCAUUGUUGUGUUCCACCAGGCUGAUGUGGGAGAGUUCAUUCGGAAUGAGGACACCUUAACUUAAAUCCCGAUCAAUUCACAUCACUGGACCUUCACUUCACUCAGUGCAGCUGCUGUUUUGAAGGUUGCUGCAGUGCCUGGUUCAAAGGCAGGAUUUUGAUACCUGACAUUCUUUAUAAUAAAUCCUCAUUGUGUUGGAAAUGUAGUGAAAGUUCAUAUAUUUUAGAGGAAUGGAACAAGCUUACGAACUGAACCCUGAACAUUUAUUGAGGUAGAGUGUAUAUAUACCGUAUUAGGCCUGUCUGUCAUGAUAAUUAACUACGUGCCGGCCUCUGUAUAUUGACGUGUAUUCUUGUUUGUUUCCGUCCACUGUCUGUAUCAAACAGGCUGGAUGACAAGACGGUUCACUCUGUGCAUUUGUCUCAACUCCUGGGCGUGUUGGUUCUACAGUAUAGUGAACCCUCCUGUCAGUCUUUCAAUCUGCCCCAGUGGGGGGAGGCGGGGCACUAGUGAGUUCACACACAGACUGUGUUGUGAGGAGUAACAAGCAAGCAAACGCAUAUGGGUGAUUCUCCUGAAAGGGAGUGUAGUUACUUUGAGGAUCACGACUCACCGACUACAGUGAUUUGAAGCCAUAGCCAUGUGAAAAUAUACUGCAAACAUAUUAAGCAGGGGAAACCGUGUCGGAUACGUUCUUCGUGCCUGUUGUGGAUAAACAACAAAAUUAUGUCAAUAUCAGCCCGUUUGCGCAUUACCAUUUUGUGACAUGAACAUUUGUGGCAAAGACAAAAUGGCAGAACUUGGGUUUCAGCUACCGUGAUUCCCAAAGUAUAACACCUCGUUGUGCAUCCAAAACAUGUACUUUGAUCACAUGCCAACUGAACGUUACACCACAUUAAACGUAAACGGCAUAUUCCACACUACGUUGUUAAAAGUUAAUCAAGGACGUGUAUAUGCAAAUGAGCUGACAUCUGCAUUGACACACAGUGUGAACAGAGUAUUUUCAGGUUAUUUCUGGGGGCUUUUUGGUCAGUAUUCAGAAAGUGAAAUAUUGUGAUUUUUUUUUGCCAAAACACUCCAUUUUAUUUUUAUUGGGCCUUUUUUGGUUUGUUUCAUAUUUUAUUUAAAAGCUCUUGGCAUUCCAGUUACAAUGUUAAAUACUCUUGAGAAAUUGAAGUUUAUUGCUUUUGCUACGGUGUACUCGCAUUAUACCAUGUAUAAUCAUUAACAUUAAUGAAAAGAUUGUCUCAACAUAAUGUUGACAAUAUUGUUUAUUGCAAUAAUCUGGAGGACUACCAUCCAGGAAAAUUCAUCAUGACAGGCAUCGAGUCUAUACAUCUACACUAGUCUCUGCAAAAACAAAGACUAGCAGCAAGGAAAAAAAGCUGAAGGUUUCAAACAAAACAAAAAAUAUACAUUGAAAAUGAAGAGGGUCCAUUGUGCGCAAAGAGAACAAAUACAAUUCUGCCAUGUUUUUUUCCACAAACAUGAUGAAUGCUGAAAGAAAACUGAAGGAGGAUAAAAUAAGAUGAGCGAAAAAAAUUGAACGUGAUACACAAAUGAAAACAAAAUAAAGAGAAGCUGGUGAGAAACUGUACACUGGAAUCCGAAUCUUUUAAAAAGCACUCACACAAUGUUUAACUUCUUCAUUGUUCUCCAGCGGUCCUUAAGUUGGACAUUUGUCCUCUCCCGGAAUGAAUAAUAAGACUUGAUCUGGCUCCAGUUGCCCUCUCCAAAUUUUUUCACUCCUUCCUUCAGCUUCUGUGAUUCCUCUUCAGUCCAUUUCUGCAACAAUACGGGAAUGUUACUACCGACAUUAACUGCUGUGAAAACAUUUAAACAUGAUACAGAUUAUGGGUGCACAAUAAAUAUCAGAUCGAUAAUUACUG